AUGCCUCUCUUCUCCCGCCACGAGCCACCCAAGGAGGAGGUCGUCGUCCAGGAGCCGGUCCGCCAAGAACGGCGGGGCCUGUUUGGCCGCAAGCGCUCGGUGUCCCCGGUGCCGACGGCGCGGCGGACAAGCCGCGAGCGGGGCGGGCUCUUCAACCGGCGGCGGCGGUCGGUCGACACCAACAGCGUCAGCAGCAUGAGCACGGCCUCGACGUCGGCCAGCCCGCCGCGGCGGCGCUCGACGCUGCUGUCGCGCCGCCACGGCGACACCACGGACCCCAGCAUCCUGGCGGCGCGCGAGCGCAUCAUGGGCGCCGAGGAGGCGGAGCGCCAGGCCGACCGCGCGCUCGACAUCGCCAGGCGCGAGGUCCGCGACGCCAGGGACCAGAUCCUCGCCCUCGAGAGGGAGGCCAAGGAGCAGGCCAGGCUGGCAAAGAUCAAGGAGCAGGGCGCGCGCGAGGUGUCGAAGCGCGGAAAGGCGCUGGGUCGUCAUGGGAUUUGA